AUGCUUACUCGACGUGUUUUGGCGAGAGGCUUGGCGACAGCCAAGUCUUCAACUCCGAAGUUGACUGAUGUGCUAAUCGUUGGUGGUGGCCCAGCCGGUCUAACCUUGGCUGCCUCGAUCAAAAACUCACCCCAGUUAAAAAAUCUGAAAACGACCUUGGUUGAUAUGGUGGAUUUGAAGGAUAAGUUAUCUAGUUUUUAUAAUUCACCCCCAGAUUACUUUACGAACAGGGUCGUUAGUGUUACUCCUAGGUCUAUCCAGUUCUUGGAGAACAACGCCGGGGCCACUUUGAUGCACGAUAGAAUUCAAAGUUAUGAUGGGUUAUAUGUUACAGACGGUUGUUCUAAAGCUACUUUAGAUCUGGCAAGAGAUUCUAUGCUUUGUAUGAUUGAAAUCCUGAAUAUACAGGCCUCCUUGUACAACAGAAUCUCUCAAUACGAUUCCAAGAAGGACAUGAUUGAUAUCAUUGAUAACACAAAAGUCGUAAGUAUCAAGCACAGUGACACCAACGACCCAUUGUCUUGGCCCCUGGUCACACUUUCUAAUGGUGAAGUGUACAAAACAAGAUUAUUAGUAGGUGCGGACGGGUUCAACUCUCCCACAAGACGGUUUUCUCAAAUCCCAUCUAGAGGCUGGAUGUACAACGCAUACGGUGUUGUAGCAAGCAUGAAGUUGGAAUAUCCUCCAUUUAAAUUAAGGGGUUGGCAAAGGUUUUUACCAACGGGCCCCAUUGCACAUUUGCCAAUGCCUGAGAACAAUGCCACUCUCGUUUGGAGUUCCUCUGAACGUCUAUCGAGAUUAUUGUUAUCGUUACCUGCAGAAUCGUUUACCGCACUUGUCAACGCAGCCUUUGUUUUGGAAGACGCCGAUAUGAAUUAUUAUUAUCGUACGCUAGAAGAAGGUUCUAUGGACACAGAUAAAAUGAUUGAUGAUAUUAAAUCUAGAACAGAAGAAAUAUAUGCAACGCUAAAGGAUGAAUCUGAAAUUGAAGAGAUUUACCCGCCAAGAGUGGUUAGUAUAUUAGAUAAGACAAGAGCACGUUUCCCGUUGAAGUUAACGCAUGCCGAUCGUUAUUGUACAGAUAGAGUUGCCCUUGUUGGAGACGCUGCACACACAACACAUCCUUUGGCUGGACAAGGACUAAAUAUGGGUCAGACAGACGUUCAUGGUUUAGUGUAUGCCUUGGAACAGGCGAUGGAAAGAGGCUUAGACAUUGGUUCUUCGUUGAGUUUAGAGCCAUUUUGGGCAGAAAGAUAUCCGUCCAAUAACGUUUUGUUAGGGAUGGCGGACAAAUUAUUUAAAUUAUACCAUACAAGUUUCCCACCUGUGGUAGCCCUGAGGUCAUUUGGUUUGAAUUUGACUGACAAGCUUGGCCCAAUUAAAAAUGUUAUUAUUGACACGCUAGGUGGGAAUGAGAAAUGA